UCUGUUAUAACCGGGGGGCGGCGGCACGUCAACGACAUCCCCCUCGCGAAUGGGGGUCGUUUAAGGUUUGCAGCGCGCUGCCGCGAACGCAGUUAUCGGAGGAUUCUUAUCAGACGGCUAAGAAUAGUCAUCUGGACUCUUCAACACCGUUACAGAGUUCAUUGUGACCUGCAGUAAAUAUGGGUGAGAUGGAAGGAACCAAGGUGCCAUACCUUAAGAUCCUCACUUACCACAGGGAGCUGCUGGUGUCCCAGUUAAGGAGCAUUCAAUGCAUCCUGGACAACCUGUUGGCCUGCAGCUUUGUCUGUGAAGAAGAUGUCGAGAUCGUACUGCGUUCUGCCACCAGGACCGAUCAGGUUCGUAAAAUCUUGGAGCUAGUUCAAUGCAAAGGGGAGGAGGCCUGUGAGUACUUUAUUUAUGUCAUAUAUAAAGUACGCGACGCGUACGUAGACCUCCAGCCAUGGUUGAAAGAGAUCAACUACUCCCCGAGCAGUGACGCGACGGCACUGUCAGUGGUUAACACCGAUCCCAUCAGCCGGUACAGUGAGAAGUUGAGGCAUGAGAUGAGCCGCGACACCUGCUUCAUCAUGUCCUACGGGCAGCGAGAGGAGACCCGUCUGGAGGACCUGUACACUGACACGCAGAUGGCCCUGCUGGACGACUGCAAUGAACAUUUGGGUUUCUUGGGGAGUCUGGACGAGCUCUUCGCAGACCAAGCGGUUUUCAAUCCCCAAGGUGAAAUCAUCUACGUGAUCGGGGAUGCCGGUGUGGGAAAAUCCAUCCUGCUGCAGAGGCUCCAGAACCUCUGGUCCAAGAAAGAUCUGCAGGCGGACGCCAUCUUCUUCUUCAAGUUCCGCUGCAGGAUGUUCAGCCUCUUCAAAGACACAGAUCAGAUCUCCCUCAGAGACCUUUUGUUCAAAUACAACUGCUUCCCAGAUCACGAUCCAAAUAAUGAGGUGUUCGACUACAUCCUCCGCUUCCCGGAGAAGGUUCUCUUCACAUUUGAUGGCUACGACGAGAUUCAGAUGAAUGACCUGCUGAACGCUCCUGAAGUGGUCUCACCGGACGCCAAGGCGCAUCCCGUCCAGCUGCUCGACAGCUUGCUCGGCGGGAAACUGCUCAAGGGCUCCCAGAAGGUGCUGACGGCGCGUACGGGGACCGAGAUCCAGAGUACGGUGAUCAGAAAGAAGGUGGUUCUGCGGGGGUUCUCCCCGGCUCAUCUGAAGACCUACAUCAGUAUUCACUUCAAAGAGCAAGAGCACCGGGACCAGGUGUCGGUUCAGCUGGAUGCCAGCCCCCACCUCUGUGGCCUCUGCUCCACUCCGCUCUUCUGCUGGAUUGUACUGAAGAGCUUCAGGCACCUGCAUACCAUGCACGAUAGCUUCCAUCUGCCCGAAACCUGCGUCACGCUCACGGACAUCUUCCUCCUGCUGUGCGAAGUGUGCCUCAGCCGCUCGGGCUCAAGCGCGCCGUCUCUGCUGAAGAAAAGCCCUCGCUGCGUCUCGGAGACAUUCGUGGCCGGGCUCAGGCCUCUCGCAGCGUUUGCCAAGGUGGCGCUCCGGGGUAUGGAGCGAAGUAGCUUCGUUUACAGCCAGGAGGAGCUCAUGGAGUGCGGCCUGACGGAGGAAGACCUGACGCUGGGCUUUCUCAGACCUGUCGGCGAGUGUGAUGCCAGUGGGGGCCCCGCGACAUUCGAAAUCCUCCAUAUCAUCCUCCAUUCUUUCCUGGCGGCGUUUGCUUUAGUCUUAGAUGAGCAGGCUGCUGCCGGCUCCGUCCUCAAGUUCUUCACGGAGUGCCGCAGGAAAAGAGAAGCGCGCUGUGCGCCGUGUCUCUCCUGCUUCUGUGGCUCCUCAAAGUCCGGUGAGAAGACCCUGUUUGAAACGAACGAACACUUCCAGUUCACCAACCUCUUCCUGUGUGGACUCCUGUCCAAGGCUCACGCCGGCCUGAUGGAGCACCUGGUGUCUCCUGUGUUAUUAAGGAAGAAACGGGCGCUGCUGAAAUCCUACCUUUCCACCAGUGUAAAGUCCCACCUCGUUGGCUUACCCCAUCACAACAGUGGGGAGGGUCAGAAGGUCCAUGUUUUGCCCAACUUCCUGUGGAUGCUGAGGUGCAUCUUUGAGACCGGCAGCAGAGACAUCGCUCAGAUGACAGCGAAAGGCAUCACAGCCGGCUUCAUCAAGUUGGGCUACUGCAAUGUGUUCUCGGGCGACUGCACCGCCCUGAACUUUGUGCUGCAGCACCGUCAGAAGCUCCUGGGGCUUGACAUGGACAACAACAACAUCAGUGACUACGGGGUGAAGCAGCUCCGGCCCUCGUUCUGUAAGAUGACCAUAGUGAGGUUGUGCGUCAAUCACCUGUCUGACAGCAGCGUCGAGGUUCUUGCCGAGGAGCUGUGUAAGCACAAAGUCGUGGAGGUCUUGGGGCUUUACAACAAUUACAUCACAGAUGCUGGAGCUAAGCUUGUUGCUCAGAUAAUUGAGGAAUGCCCCAAACUGCGAGUUGUCAAGAUUGGGAAAAACAAGAUCACUGCUGUUGGUGGGAGAUAUUUGGCCAGUGCAAUUCAGAAGAGCGCUUCAAUAUUUGACGUUGGAAUGUGGGGGAACAGCAUCGGCGAUGAGGGAGCCCAAGCAUUUGCGGAAGCUUUGAGGAACCACCCGAGACUUACCAACCUCAGUCUCGCAGCCAAUGGCAUCACUUCUAAAGGUGGCAGGUGUCUAGCAGAAGCGCUGAAAGAGAACAGCGUGCUCAGGAUAUUCUGGUUGGUGCAGAACGAGUUGAAUGACGACGCAGCGCCACACCUCGCUGAGUUGGUCCAAGCGAACACAGGAUUAAGCCACCUCUGGUUAAUCAACAACCAGUUCACUGUGGAUGGGAUCAAAAUUCUUUCUGCAGCCCUCAACGUCAACACGGCACUCAAAGAGAUAUGUCUGAAAGCAAACCGGCUCUCCGAGGAGGAAGAGAAACAGUUUGUGGGAGAUAAAAGGCUGCGGUUCCACUGACUGCUGCUCCUGUGAGAUAAAACCUCCGUCUGAAUAGACACAAUAUGCAGGCCGGACGCUUUCACUGUGAUGGAAGUGAAACAAUUGCUUCCUUCUGUGUGAACUUUAAUAGACUCAAGGGGCACGUAUGCACAUGACAUGACUCCAACACAAGGUGCUAAUGGGAAUAUGUUGAGCCAGGAGGCUGAAUAAUGUUUACUGCCUGUGCAGAGAUGUACAAACACCCUUUGGCUGGUGGAUGCCAAUCACUGGAUCGAUUUCUGUGGAUGGACUGUGGACCGGGAAAAGCUGAUGGCUUCGGGGAACAAGGACAACAGAUGGAGCUUCGUUCAAAUAAGACAACGUUGUCUUUAUUGAGUCAACUGUCAAGCCGCCUUUGGGAGAGAUGCACUCAGUCAUAGGAUUAAAGUGCUACAAGAUGAUUGUAUGUAUGGAAGGUUGACUGUUUUUCAACAUUGUAUACUGUAAUGUCUUAUGACGUACUGUGAUUUAGAACAUUUCACAUUUUUAACUAAGAUUCUCUUAUAACUUUUUCUAAUUUGAACACACCCAAUAGUCACUUUUUUAAACCAGUUCGUACUCUUUCAGCAGCCUCUUCAAAUUAAAUCCAGCCAUUGAGCCUCAGCAUUGACAUCCCAAUGUCUUCUAGUUUGGUAGUCUCUGCUUUUUCAGGUUUUACAGCAAAAUAUUCUAUUUCAGACACUGUGCAAUGUAAAGAAAACACGUUGUGCUCUCCAUUCAAUAAACAUGAUAAUUAUCCAGAA